AUGUCGUGCCAUAAGGGCGAACAUCAUAGUGAAGGUUAUUGCGCAAGAAUAUAUUCAAGGUUAUUGCGCAAGAAUACUCAAUGCUAUGGUGUGAGAAAAAUCGGACGGGAACCUAACAGUGGUGCACUAGCCGGUUUGCUGUCAAUUCAACAUCACAAUGAUGAACAGCAGCCGCUCUGGCUUUGGAACCCAUGCCACACUCAACAACAACGUUCUGCCACAAAAGAAAAAUCACAUUCAAGUCUUAAAUCUGAAGAACACAAUCUUCACUCAUUUACAGGUGUUUGGGAUGGAACAUUUCACAUUAAUCAAAUAGUGAUGAUUUAUGAUCAAAAAUGCACAACAAUUCGUGGUGCUGAUUUUUUACAAGCGACAGUAUUAGAAUUAGAUCAACAGCGAUGUUUAGUUAAAUUCAAUUACAAUCAGUUAAGCGAUUAUGCUGGAUUUGAUGAGGUAUUUCAAAUGCCAUUUCAAGGUUUAGAAGAUGAUGAUAUGGAUAAUGACAAACUGGCAUGUUUGAAACGUAUUCAAUCAAUGGAAAUUAAUCCGUUAUCAGUUGUG